AUGGCAGCUGAUUCGCGUCCGCUCCUCGCCGCCCUCGGGAGCCGAUUCGCUGUGGUGGGAGGGGGCAUCGCGGGAGUGACGUGCGCCGAGAGGCUGGCUACAGAGUUUCCCUCCGAGGAUAUUUUACUGAUCACGGCAUCUCCAGUUAUAAAAACAGUAACAAACUUCAGACAGGUUUCCAGAGCUUUAGAAGAAUUCGAAAUCGAGGAGCAAGCAAGCAGCAUAUUGGAGAGACGCUACCCUAACAUUAAAGUUAUCCAGUCUGGAGUAAAACGGUUGAAAAGCGAUGAGCAUAAAGUAAUCACAGAAGAUGGCAAGGAGUACACCUAUGAGAAGCUUUGCCUGUGCGCCGGAGCCAAGCCAAAAUUAAUUACCGAAGGAAACCGCUUUGUGUUGGGCAUCCGGGAUACAGACAGUGCUACGGAGUUUCAGAAACAUCUGGCAAAAGCCAGAAGAAUAAUUAUUGUUGGCAACGGUGGCAUUGCACUGGAAUUGGUCUAUGAAGUUGAAGGUUGCGAGGUGAUCUGGGCCAUCAAAGAUAAAGCGAUCGGGAAUACCUUCUUUGAUGCCGGGGCGGCUGAAUUCCUCAUUCCGAAGCUGCGCGCGGAGAGACCGGAGCCUCCCAUCGCUUGCAAGAGGACAAAAUAUACGACAGCGGAAACUGAGAAGGAAGAAGAAGCUGGAGCAGGGCCCGGGGAAAUGGGCAGCGCCUUGGGUCCCGAUUGGCACGAAGGCUUGUGUCUCAAGGGAGCAAAAGAGCUAUCCCAUAAAGUUCACGUUGAAAGCCUGUGUGAAAUAAAGAAAAUCUACCUCCCAGAAGAGUUCCAGCAGUCCCAGAAGGUAGCCUCGGCUCUCUCGAAAGCUCAGCCAGAACCAGAUCAAGAACUGUGGCAAGUGUACGCAGAGCUGACGAACGGGAAAGUGUACGGUUGCGACUUCAUCGUCAGUGCCACCGGCGUGGUUCCAAACGUCCAGCCGUUCCUCGAGGGGAACAACUUUGCUCUGGGCCAAGACGGAGGUUUAAAGGUGGACCAAGGGAUGCGUACUUCGCUCCUGGACAUCUACGCAGCAGGGGACAUCUGCACAGCAUCCUGGGAGCCCAGUCCGCUAUGGCAGCAGAUGAGGUUGUGGACGCAGGCUAGGCAGAUGGGAUGGUACGCUGCAAAAUGCAUGGCCGCUGAUGCUUUGGGGGAACCCGCUGAAAUGGACUUCAGCUUUGAACUCUUUGCCCACGUCACAACAUUUUUCAAUUACAAGGUGGUGCUGCUGGGAAAAUACAACGGCCAAGGACUGGGAUUAGACCACGAACUGAUGCUGAGAUGUACCAAAGGCCAGGAAUAUGUCAAGGUGGUGAUGCAGAACGGGCGCAUGAUGGGAGCCGUGCUGAUUGGCGAAACCGACCUGGAAGAGACUUUUGAGAACUUGAUUCUAAAUCAGAUGGAUCUUUCACGCUACGGGGAACAUCUCUUAGACCCGAACAUAGACAUAGAGGAUUACUUCGACUGACCUUCUGAAAAAUGUCACCGUUUUUUGGCAGGCCAGGUUCUGAGAAAGGGUUUCGCCUACACGGACAACAGACGUACCCACACAUGACUGUGGUUGCCUUGAAAUGGACACGAGGAGAGCUUUCAGGUGACGACGGCUACGUAUCACCCUGCAAGUGCAGUAAAGUUGGCCAUGGGGUGGUGGUGAAGAGAAGUGCAUGCACUUUAUAAGGCCUCAGACACUGACUUAAUUUACAAAUGACCUUUUACUCCUGUUGUACUGCUUCCGUUGCAUUAGGCAUAAACGUGACCCAGUUCUCGAGUAUGAACAUAU